UCACUUACAGACAUUUUACCCCACAUCGGUUACUUACCUUACUGGGGCGGUGGGAGAGCCAGGGGUAGCCUUCCAAUGCGAUGACCGGCGGAGGCGGGAGCCAACUUGUUAGGCCUGUGGCUGAGACGCUGCGGGGCGGGUUAUGUGGUGUCCUCCAAUGAGACAGGAAGAGCUUCCCCGCUUCCUCCAAUAGCGUUGUGGCUCGGGGGUGGGCUUCAGCAGUCUGUCUCCAAUAGGCGGGGUUGAGUUAGGGACGCUCCCCGCCAAUAGGGGCGUGGAGAAGGUGAGCUGCUCCCCCUCCCCUCCCAGUCGAGGGGGAAGGGGCGGGAAGUCAUAAGGCAGGGCUCGGUGAUUGGCUCAGUCUUUGACGGGCGGGUAUUGCGUCCUGUGUUGGAACGAAGCUGAGUCUUCCCCCUGCGGGGCGGGGUCGGGGGAGUGGGCGGGAUUUCCCGGGUAACAGAGAAGCGGCCGCGGCGGUAGAGGCGGCGGAGACGGUUUCUCCAUCUUCCCCCCUCCCCUUCCCCCCUCGGAGUUUCCCUCCCUCCCUCCCUCCCUCCUUCCCAGUCUGGGCACCGGGGCCUGUGACCGCUUCGUUAGCGGAGAGGUAGCUGGCAGUCCGCUUCGGCGGGCCUGUGCCCCGCGCCGUUCUCAGGGCCUCCCUGCUGAGCUCGCGGCUCACGCCGAGAGGGACACGCAGUGACGAGCGGCCGAAGCAGCUUUGCGGUUUUGUAGUGCAUCCCUGAGCAUGAGUGCAGAAUGAAGCGGCGUUUGGAUGACCAGGAGUCACCGGUGUAUGCAGCCCAGCAGCGUCGGAUCCCUGGCAGCACAGAGGCUUUUCCUCACCAGCACCGGGUGCUUGCCCCUGCCCCUCCUGUGUAUGAAGCAGUGUCUGAGACCAUGCAGUCAGCCACGGGAAUUCAGUACUCUGUAACACCCAGCUACCAGGUUUCAGCCAUGCCACAGAGCUCCGGCAGUCAUGGGCCCGCCAUAGCAGCAGUUCAUAGCAGCCAUCAUCACCCAACAGCUGUGCAACCCCAUGGAGGCCAGGUGGUCCAGAGUCACGCUCAUCCAGCCCCACCAGUUGCACCAGUGCAAGGACAGCAGCAAUUUCAGAGGCUGAAGGUGGAGGAUGCGCUGUCUUAUCUUGACCAGGUGAAGCUGCAAUUUGGUAGUCAGCCUCAGGUCUACAAUGAUUUCCUUGACAUCAUGAAGGAAUUUAAAUCUCAGAGCAUCGACACCCCAGGAGUGAUUAGUCGUGUGUCCCAGCUAUUCAAAGGCCACCCCGAUCUGAUAAUGGGAUUCAACACCUUCUUGCCCCCUGGCUACAAAAUUGAGGUGCAGACCAAUGACAUGGUGAAUGUGACAACUCCUGGCCAGGUUCAUCAGAUUCCCACCCAUGGCAUCCAGCCCCAGCCUCAACCACCACCCCAACAUCCUUCCCAGCCUUCAACCCAGUCGGCCCCAGCUCCUGCCCAGCCAGCUCCUCAGCCCCCACCUGCCAAAGUCAGCAAGCCCUCCCAACUACAAGCACAUACUCCUGCCAGUCAGCAGACUCCCCCACUUCCACCGUAUGCAUCCCCACGUUCUCCGCCGGUCCAGCCUCACACACCAGUGACAAUCUCAUUGGGAACGGCCCCAUCCUUGCAGAACAAUCAACCUGUGGAGUUUAAUCAUGCCAUCAACUAUGUUAAUAAGAUCAAGAACAGAUUCCAGGGCCAACCAGACAUCUACAAAGCAUUCCUGGAGAUUUUGCACACAUAUCAGAAAGAGCAGAGAAAUGCCAAGGAAGCUGGAGGAAACUACACUCCAGCGUUGACAGAGCAGGAGGUGUAUGCCCAGGUUGCUCGUCUCUUUAAAAACCAGGAAGAUUUGUUGUCAGAGUUUGGACAAUUCCUACCAGAUGCCAACAGCUCCGUGCUUUUAAGCAAAACAACUGCUGAGAAGGUUGAUUCUGUGAGAAAUGAUCAUGGAGGCACUGUCAAGAAGCCCCAACUGAACAACAAGCCGCAGAGACCCAGCCAGAAUGGCUGCCAGAUCCGCAGACACCCUACAGGAACCACGCCUCCAGUGAAGAAGAAACCCAAACUGCUCAAUCUAAAGGAUUCUUCUAUGGCAGAUGCCAGCAAACAUGGUGGUGGAACAGAAUCGUUAUUUUUCGAUAAGGUCCGAAAGGCUCUUCGGAGUGCAGAAGCCUAUGAAAAUUUCCUGCGCUGUCUUGUUAUUUUUAACCAGGAGGUGAUCUCUCGUGCUGAGCUUGUGCAACUAGUUUCUCCUUUCCUGGGGAAAUUCCCUGAGUUGUUUAAUUGGUUUAAAAACUUUCUGGGCUAUAAGGAGUCUGUACAUCUGGAAACUUAUCCAAAGGAACGAGCUACAGAGGGCAUUGCUAUGGAGAUAGAUUAUGCUUCUUGUAAACGAUUGGGCUCCAGCUAUCGAGCCUUACCAAAGAGUUACCAGCAGCCCAAGUGUACAGGAAGGACUCCUCUCUGUAAAGAGGUUUUAAAUGAUACCUGGGUUUCCUUCCCUUCGUGGUCUGAGGACUCCACCUUUGUGAGUUCCAAGAAGACUCAAUAUGAAGAACAUAUUUAUCGUUGUGAAGAUGAGCGCUUUGAGCUUGAUGUAGUUUUAGAGACCAAUCUGGCAACAAUCCGGGUUCUGGAAGCAAUACAGAAGAAGCUUUCCCGCUUGUCUGCUGAGGAACAAGCCAAAUUUCGCUUGGACAACACCCUUGGGGGCACAUCAGAAGUCAUCCAUAGAAAAGCACUCCAGAGGAUAUAUGCUGAUAAAGCAGCUGACAUCAUUGAUGGUCUGAGAAAGAAUCCCUCCAUUGCUGUUCCGAUUGUCCUUAAAAGGUUGAAGAUGAAAGAGGAAGAAUGGCGAGAAGCUCAGCGAGGCUUUAACAAAGUAUGGCGAGAACAAAAUGAGAAAUACUACUUGAAGUCUCUGGACCACCAGGGGAUCAACUUUAAACAGAAUGACACAAAGGUCCUGAGGUCUAAGAGCUUACUCAAUGAGAUUGAGAGUAUCUAUGAUGAGAGGCAAGAGCAGGCUACGGAGGAGAAUGCUGGUGUACCUGUUGGCCCACACCUCUCACUUGCGUAUGAAGACAAACAAAUACUGGAAGAUGCUGCUGCUCUGAUUAUCCACCAUGUGAAGAGGCAGACAGGCAUUCAGAAGGAGGACAAGUAUAAGAUAAAACAAAUCAUGCAUCAUUUUAUUCCAGAUUUGCUCUUUGCCCAAAGAGGUGAUCUCUCAGAUGUGGAGGAAGAGGAAGAAGAAGAGAUGGAUGUAGAUGAAGCCACAGGGGCAGUUAAGAAGCACAAUGGUGUUGGGAGCAGUCCCCCUAAGUCCAAGUUACUGUUUAGUAACACAGCAGCUCAAAAAUUAAGAGGAAUGGAUGAAGUAUACAACCUCUUCUAUGUCAAUAACAACUGGUAUAUUUUUAUGCGACUGCACCAGAUUCUCUGCCUGAGGCUGCUACGGAUUUGUUCCCAAGCCGAACGACAAAUUGAAGAAGAAAACCGAGAGAGAGAAUGGGAACGGGAAGUGCUGGGCAUAAAGCGAGACAAGAGUGACAGCCCUGCCAUUCAGCUACGUCUCAAAGAACCUAUGGAUGUUGAUGUAGAAGAUUAUUACCCAGCUUUCCUGGACAUGGUGCGGAGCCUGCUGGAUGGCAACAUAGACUCAUCACAGUAUGAAGAUUCACUGAGAGAGAUGUUCACCAUUCAUGCCUACAUUGCCUUUACCAUGGACAAACUGAUCCAGAGCAUUGUCAGACAGCUGCAGCAUAUCGUGAGUGAUGAGAUAUGUGUGCAGGUGACUGACCUUUACCUGGCAGAAAAUAAUAAUGGGGCCACUGGAGGCCAGCUGAACACACAGAACUCAAGGAGCCUCCUGGAGUCAACGUAUCAGCGGAAAGCUGAGCAGCUAAUGUCAGAUGAGAAUUGCUUUAAGCUUAUGUUUAUUCAGAGCCAAGGCCAGGUCCAGCUGACUAUUGAGCUUCUGGACACAGAAGAGGAGAAUUCGGAUGACCCUGUGGAAGCAGAGCGCUGGUCAGACUACGUGGAGCGAUACAUGAAUUCAGAUACUACCUCUCCUGAGCUUCGUGAACAUCUAGCACAGAAACCAGUAUUUCUCCCCAGGAAUCUACGGCGGAUCCGGAAAUGUCAGCGUGGUCGAGAGCAGCAGGAAAAGGAAGGGAAGGAAGGAAACAGUAAGAAGACCAUGGAGAAUGUGGAUAGUCUGGAUAAGCUGGAGUGUAGAUUCAAGCUGAAUUCCUACAAGAUGGUGUAUGUGAUCAAAUCAGAGGACUAUAUGUAUCGGAGGACUGCCCUGCUCCGGGCUCAUCAGUCCCAUGAGCGUGUAAGCAAGCGUCUACAUCAGAGAUUCCAGGCCUGGGUAGAUAAAUGGACCAAGGAGCAUGUGCCCCGUGAAAUGGCAGCAGAGACCAGCAAGUGGCUCAUGGGUGAGGGGCUGGAGGGCCUGGUGCCCUGUACCACCACCUGUGAUACAGAGACCCUGCAUUUUGUGAGCAUUAACAAGUAUCGUGUCAAAUACGGCACAGUAUUCAAAGCCCCUUAACUGCAAAGCCAGAGCAGAUAACUUGGGGUGUGUGGGGGGGUGUGUGUGUAGGCCUAUGCAUUCACACACUGAAGAAACAAGGAAGAUGCCUUUCAAGCCUCACUGGGCCUCUCUGGGACAUGGCCACCUGACCUGUGUGUGGCUGGUGCAGCCUGGCACCAAGUGGGCUACCUGUUAGGAACAUGAAUACCUUACAAAGCUGAAGCUGGAACUUUUCCAAAGGGUUUUGGGUAUAGCCUGCCCUGGAGGGGAAGGAAGUCCUUGCAAGCAAAGACGUGCAGUUUGCUUGCACACACCAGCAGAGCUAAGACUGGAGUCUCCUGUGGCCUAACUUUCAGUGAGGGAACCGGAUGCUGUUCACACUUUUGACUGGAUGGAGAUGCAUUUACAAAACAGACUGGGGAAGGACUUAAUACUCAGAUGGAUUGGAACUAUCAUGGUCACUGCUCCUCUCCCCUCCCCACAAAAGGAAAAAAAAAAAAACUGGAUUUGAUUUUUUUUUUUUCUGGUCACUUGAGCACAUCUAAGAUCACCCAUUAGGUUUUAUCUGGGACCUGCAGUUUGGCUUUGGGAUUGAUCAUCUUGUGGAUUUUAUUCCUGACGAAUCCCUUGCUGCCUACCCUUUCCUUUGGUUCUCAACCUCAACGAGUUCAAAUCAGUCGUCCUUUUUAGCUCCCGUGGAACUGUUUUGUAUCUGCCUCUUUACUAGUCUACCCUAGUGCCAUCCACCAGCUUUACUCUCUGACACACACAUGCACACACACACGAUUUUAACUUGUUUUUUUGUACAUAAUGUACAUACUGUCAAUUUUUUAUUAAAAGAAAUAUGCUUUGAUGUGCUAGCAUAAUUGCUCUAGCUUCUUGUGUACCAUAGUACUAUGUGGCUUCAGAUUUAGUACCUAUGAACAGAUGUACAAGACAUUUAUUACACUUUUUACCAAAGGGAGUUACCAUUGUAGUACUUUUGUGUAAAACUUGUCUUCCCCUUUGCCCCCAACUUUUUUUUUUUUUUUUUUUUGUAAAUAAAUAAAGCUUGGUUCUUACUUAAGGAAUAAACUCUCAACCCACGUCCCUUGUCCUCACCAGAAAAUACUGUGAAGCAGGGAUUUUGGUUUCAGUUCCUUAUCCAGGGUAGAAACAGGAUUUUGCUUUAAAUACUUGUUACUUGUUCCAAAUCAAAAUAUUCCAAAAUCUUAGAAUACUUCAGUCUUUUAGUACAUGUUUUUUCCCCUUGUUCAACUAUCUGAAAAUAUUUUAUAUUUGGGUAAGUUGUCAAGCUAUGUAGUUUGUAUUUCUAUAUAUUUUUUCUUAUUCACAUUGGUGAUGGAUGGGGGUGAGCAACUUAAAUACCAAACCAGUAUUUGAAAAAAAGUGUGUAUAAGGCAUGUGGUAUACCUUAUAAAUGGGGUUGGGAGGGAGAGAAUUUGAAAUGGGAUACCUAUUUUUUUAAUUACAUAAAUUUAAACUAGCAUUUAAACAUGAAUGAUUAGAAUUUUUCUAUGUGGUUAACCUGGACUUUCUGAACAAAGACCAACUGAGCCCCCAGUACUCUGGUGGAUUUUUCUUCAGCAACCAUUACGCAAGUCUUAGUCGUAAGCAGCAAUGUUUUGUGUGUUUUAUGUUUGCUUUUUAGUUAAAAAUCACCACCACAACCACCAAAAAGAAAAAUUUUUUGGUUCUUGGAUUUUCAAAAUACAUGAUAGACCUGAUUUUAGGCUUUUAUUAUUGUUUAAAGACAAAGUCUCACUUUAUGACCCACACUGGAGUGCAGUGGCACGAUCAUAGCUCACUGCAGGCUUGACCUCCCAGGCUCAAGCAGUCCUCCCACCUCAGCCUCCUGAGUAGCUGCAUGCCACCACACCCAGCUAAUUUUUUAACUUUUUGUAGAGACAGGGUCUUGCUAUGCUGCCUAGGCUGGUCUCAAACUCCCCUCCUCAAGCUGUCCUUCCACCUUGGCCUCCCAAAGUGCUGAGAUUACAGGUGUGAGCCACCAGAGCCGGCCUGAUUUUAGGCUGCUUUUGUACUGGGGAGAGGAGACUGUGAGCCAAAGUGUAGGGUGCCAAAAAGAGCUUUGUGGGAUAAGAUUUUAGGGCAAAACUGGGGCAAUGUCUAACUUGGGAGUGGUCAUACGUACUGAUUUUGGGGAAAGAUCCUGAGGUUUUCUCAGAAAUGAUUCACCUAUUUCCCUGUGUUCCCUCAAGAAAGGUCAUGUUGACCUGGAACCAUAGGGGAAAUUGGUGGGGUGUGAUCAGGGUCAGCCCUGGCUGUUGCUGCCCCUGCACAGUGUUACAUCCAGAGCACCUGCCUGCAGGUCAGGAUAGGAUUUCAAGGCCAGUUCAGGAGAAAGUCCCAACCCACCAGUGCAACCAACAGAAGACAGUUUUACCUAUAGCCUGGGUUUUCACAAGUAGCAUUUUUAUUCCUCCUGCUGUCUGACAUCUGAGCUCCAAGCUCUAAACCCAACCUGUAUUAUAUGCAGCAGCAGGUUAUCUUUAUUUUAAAUCACAUUUGGUAUUCUGUACUUAGUCACCUUUCCGUGUGAUUUGCAUUUGAAAUGUUGUAAACUUGGUCCGUAUUUCCAUUAAAAUAUCAGGGCUAA